AAGGUUUUAUUUGUGGGCAUAUUUGUCACUUGGAAGAUUAAUCAUGGAUGUGAACUCAAUGAACGCAAAAUUCAAGAAGUUUGCUGGAGCAACAGCCACGGCGUUUAAUAGGGCUGUGCAGUUCACAGAAGAGAAACUAGGAGCAGCCGAGAAGACUGAACUGGAUGCACAUUUUGAGAACUUGUUAAACCGAUCGGAAAAGACAAAACUAUGGACGGAACGUAUUCUGAAACAGACAGAAGCUGUUAUCCAGCCAAACCCAAAUCAGAGAAUGGAAGAUAUGUUGUACGAGAAGCUGGACAAGAAGAAGAAGGAUCGCAUGACCCAGACGGAGCAGCUAGGACAGUACAUGCUGGACGCUGGCAAUGACUUCGGACCAGGGACGUCCUACGGCAAUGCCCUUGUUAAGUGUGGCCAGGCACAGAUGCAACUUGGAAAUGCUGAAAGAGAAUUUAUGCAAUCUACAGUCAACAACUUCCUCCAGCCAUUGAAAAACUUCCUCGAUGGUGAUAUGAAAACAAUUAUGAAAGAAAAAAAACUUUUAGAAACAAAACGCCUUGACCUUGAUGCUUCAAAGGGUCGGCUACGUAAAGCCAAGUCACAAACCGGCCAACAGCAGGCUGCAGGCAUAACGGAGGAUGAUGUGGUUGCAAAAGCCGAAGCAGAGCUACGGGCAUGUCAGUCAGAGUUUGACAGACAGGCAGAGAUUACAAAGAUAUUGCUGGAAGGAAUUAACAGUACACAUGCUCACCACCUGCGCUGUUUGAAUGACUUCAUUGAAGCCCAGAUGACCUACUACUCCCAGUGUCAGCAGUAUGUCACUGACCUGCAGAAGCAGCUGGGCAGCCACUCCCCAGCUACACCACCCACUGGUGAUAAAGAUUGCUCUGUCGGUUCCAACACCAGUGUCGGUGGUGGUGGUGGCAAUACCAACUCGCAUUCCUCGAAUAUCCCAAACAGCUACCCCCUCCGCCCCUCUGCACCGCCUGCCAUUCAGGUUACUGCACCUUCCCCCACUGAGAAAAAACAAGCUCGGGUAUUAUAUGACUACGACGCAGCUGAUAACUCAGAACUUUCAUUAUUGGCUGAUGAGCUAAUCAUGGUAUACACUGUUCAAGGCUUGGAUCCUGAUUGGUUGAUGGCUGAAAGGGGCAACCAACGAGGGAAAGUUCCAGUCACAUACUUGGAGAUUCUCGAAUAGUUUUAUUGGGUGUUGGCUUCUCAUUUUACUUCAGUCUUCUCAAUCCGCAUAUUAUAUCCUGCAGUGACAAACUUGGGGCAUGUUGUUGGGUUGCUUUUAUUUUAUAAUAUUAAAGUGGCAUCAUCAGUGUUGAGCUUUGAACAUUAUGGAAUGUUCAAAGAUAACUGUUUUACUCAAUAUUUGUAAAGAAUUAUUUUCAUCUGUAAAAUUGAAGAGCACCAGCAGUAACUUUGAUCUUUAAUUACAAUAACUAAUAUGGUCAGAGAAUCUUUUUAUUGUGUAAUUACAUCACACCUUGAUAAUUAUUAAAGGAUCUGUUUUUAAUAUAUAUAUAUAUAUGAAGAGUUUAGGUGCAAAACGCGAUUUUAGAUUACAUUUAAUAUUAAUCUUUGAACAAAGUGUCUCAUUUCAACAUCAGUGUUAUGCAGGCAACAGCCAUUACAAAAUAUUACAUCCUUAUCUAAAUCAUUAUUAUUUUAUUUAUUAGUAUAAAUUUUUUAAUUAAUUGGCCUUGUAGCAUGUUGUAAAAAGAAAUACAUAAAAAGAAAUGGAUUCUCAUAGAUUCCAUGCUUUAAAGUUGUGGGAAUCUGAAUCAGUUUUACCAGAAUUGGAUGAAAAACAGUCAAGAUGUCCACUUUAAAUGUGUUACUUUAAUGAUCAAAAAGAAAAUUAAAGUAAUACAGGUUUGUUGCUUAUUUAAUAUUUGUGACAAGCUGUGAUCUUUUGAAACAGUCAUGUAACACAUAUUUGAAUAUUGUAACAGUUAUGAUCAGAAGAUGCACAAUAAUUCUUCUGAAUAUUGCAUUACAUCUGUACAUUUCCAACAUGUAAGUUCCUGUAUUGUGGAUAAAAUGUCUUAUAAACAAAGACUGUAUAAUUAUAUCGCCACAUUGAGCGUCCCAUCAAUCUGGUAGAGAUAAAGGUGCUAUAUCCACAUUUUCUGUUUCUGAGGGUGGUACGUAAAUAUUCUAUAGCACCUUCUGGUUCACAUAAUUUAUGUAUUAGCCAGACACUACUUUUGUCAAAAUAAUUGUGUAACCGAGUAUUGACAACUAAAUUAAAAUAAUUUAAGAUACAAAACACUACAUGUACCUGAGAAUCAUGUUAAUGCACUUAACUCUGCCUCUUAUUUGGACAAAAAUGAAAAUUAUAAUAUUGUGGCUCUAAAAGUAAAACAUUGUUAUUGUUCUUUUAGGCUAUUUGUUAGCUAUAUUCAAAAUGAAGUUAUAUGUAGGAUUAGGAUAUAGAUGGAGUAAAAACUACAAAAUGGGGGAAAUAUAUAACUUUUGAAUUAUUUUAAUUAUUUUACUUGUAACAUUUUGCUACAAUAUGCCAUUAAUUAAGUGGACUUGUUCAAGUGUUUGCUUUUGUAUAGAUCUAUGACUGCUAGUUACCAUAGUGAAUAUUGCAAUUGUUUGUCAUAUUUAAUAUUCUGGUUUGUGAGAAAUUGUGAUGUGUAUAUUUGAUUGUAUUAUGGUUGGAAAUAAAUGUUUUGUUCUCCAUCUCUGUAACAAAGUAACAGAGUUGAUGCCCAGCUAUGCCAGUUUAACAUAGCACCAGUUUUGUGAUUUUCAAAAGCUUGUCCACCUUGCUGAAUAUGAUUCCACAAUGCUCUCACAUCUAAGCCAUACAUAUGUUUAAAAAGAAGAAAAAACAAUGAAGUCUGUAGUUAGCUAUGAGUCAGACAAGGAUCACCUCUAGGCCUUGCAUUAUAUUUAGACAUAUUAAUUAAUACUGGAUAUUUUUCCAAUAUAUUACGCCAGAUGUUAGGGAAUCACAUCUGUGUGUUCACCAUUUACACACGUUCUAAUUUAUGCAUUGUCAUUUGACCACUGCUCGAAUCUGGUUACAGGAAUGGAGAACACUGAAAUGGAGAACACAGAAAUGGAGUCAUACAUAGGGUACUUGUAUCAUGUACAUGUAUGAAACUUUUCUGGCAUAAGACGUGUGUUUGAUUGUUAUGUCACACAUUUAUAACAUUCAGAGGUUCUGUUAAAUUUUCAACACACAGAUGAGAUCUCCAAAGGUUUUUGCAGUGAAUAACACAAAGAGGGGGAGGGUGGGGAGGGACAAAAUUAUUUGUGUUUAUCAGUCACAAUAAUUUAUUACUCCAGUGUCUCAAAAAACUUAACGAGAAUCAUUUUGUGUUCAAGAUUAAAAAAACUUUUUCAAAAAUACAUGUACAUGUACUUAAAUUUCUUCUUCUAUUCUUAUUGUACUGUUUUUGACUUAACCUUUUUCUACUGUUCUUGUUGUAUUGUUGGGUGAAAAGUGUAAUUGUUUUUUCUUGAAUCUUGGUAACUUAUUAUUUUUAUUUAUUUUUAUUGGUGGACAUUAUGGGUCUCAUCAAGUCAUUCGUUCUGUUAAUCCUAAUAUACAUAUAGCCACAUCUGUUCCUCAGGUUAAAACUCUCAGUAACCAGAUUGAGUAUUGUAAAACAAAAAUUGUUGCAGAUUGAUGAUUGUUAUUUAAACUUCAAAACACAUGCUUCACCUUGGUGCACUCGAGUUACCGUAUUGUUCCUAUUUGUAGCGCCCCCUCUAAUAUAAGCGCCCCCUAUGAUCACGAGAAGUGUAUCAUGAAACGGUACCCGUAAAAUAGUAAAACUGCCGACUUGCAAUGACAAUAAUCGGUAAACAAAUAAAAUCCAAACAGGUGAAGCACUACGACACUAGUAUGGGCGAACAGUAUGUCACACGUGUCGUUUAUCAAAUGUAUGUCGCUGUUAUCUCCAUGCAGAAUGAAUGCACGACACUCCGUUAACGCUGUUCAAAACCGGAAGUACAAACAUACCGGUAGGUAUUUACACCAACACCGUAACACCGUUUAAAAUAUAUUCAGACUGGGUGACAAAAUGAAGUGGGCGAGUAUGAUGGGUCUCAAUCACACACCCCUCCCCCACCCCAUUUUCAAAUACACUCCGCAGGCCCUAUAUGCCUACGUGCACAGUACCAUGUAUUUCGAUAAAUCAGCUGACGAUGUACGGUAUGCUACGUCAUUUCAACAAGAAAACGUCACUGGUGGAGUGACUCGGCCGCAAAGCUUUUGAUGUCUAAGCGAGCCAGACGCAUUGACAGUUUGAUACGAGGAUUUUUCACACGUAUUACGAAACGUGUUCUAGUAUUCUAAUUAGCGCAUCCCCUUUGUGUUUUGCAUCGCGCCCAGGCGCUACAAAUAGGAACAAUACGGUAUUUAGUAAUGUCAAUCUCUUCCUUUUUUGUCUCGCCUUUUCGAACUCAAAAGGUAAGAUACAGGUAUUUCUUUUUCAACAGCAGUAGCAAUAGCAUCAACAAUACCAACUUUUGCAUUAAAGCUUUGCAUUUAGAUCAGUUUCUUACCAACUAUAAGUUUUAGGUCAAUGAAAUUUGUUUUAUAGUUGCUCCUAUGGAUGUUUAUCACAUUGCACUGAAAACAUUUAUGGUAGGCAAGACUUUUAAUUCUGGGGAAUUCUUGGUUUACGUCUCUGGACAGAGAGAAGUUGGAAGAUGCAGUCAAGCGAAGAGAUCUGCUUAUCUGUCUGACAUUGGACUUGUAAAGAAACUGCAGAUGAAAUGUAUCAUAAUAUUUAUUAUUUACCUUUUCAUUCAUAAUAUGUUACCAUAUACUAUACAGCUUAUGCUGUGAAUAACUACUAGUACCAUUCAGCAAUACAGUGGAACUGAUUUCUUCUAAGCAGUCUAGAUUAAUUGUUCCAAUUAUCUGUCAGAUAUGGUCAACAUCUAGUGGCCUUCAGGAUGUCAUUUGCUUUAGUACAGGUCUUGUGAUUUCAAGAUAACAAUCGGUUCCAGUAGUCUGUAAUGCCAACUUGACGGUUGCGUUAUAAUUUCCCCAACUUCCACCUUACGAUGGGUGCACUCUGACUAACAACUGGGUGUCAUGUUUAGUUGUAAUGCCAGCUCAGACUAGCAACAAAUGUCAGGUCAGAUUCAUUUUUUGAAUCGGUUAUGACGGCUGUCGUAGAAGUUGUAAGAUCACUCAGACUAGCAACUGGACUGUCAUAGAGGUCGUGAGAGCAAAAUAUUUGCCUUCUUCCUGUUGGCAGUUGGUAGUCAUGAGUCUAGCAUAUGUCGUUAAUUAUCAAGUAACCUUUUCCACCAUUGCCAUAAUUAGGCUUACCAAAAACCAGUUUCUGAGGAGUUCAGUAAUCACAGGGUUUCUCUCUCUUUCUCUCUCUCUCUCUCUCUCUCUCUCUCUCUCCCUCCCUCCCUCCAUCUCUCUCUCUCUCUCUCUCUCUCUCUCUCUCUCUCUCUCUCUCUCUCUCUCUCUCUCUCUCUCUCUCUCUCUCUCUCUCUCUCUCUCUCUCUCUCUCUCUCUCUCUCUCUCUCUCUCUCUUAAGAUGUUUUGCUGGUAGCACCUGUCAUUGUUAAAAUGUGUCUGACCACUUUUGUUAAUAGUUCAGUGCCCAGAUGAUUAAACUUUGUAUAUGAAUUUAUUGGGUCUUAGUGUAUUUCUUUAGUGUGUUAAUAUGGGAUUAGGCCACAUAAAACAUAGGUGGUGAACAUCUGUCUUUUUUUUUCCUGCCAGAAAUGUGGUUGGUUGGAGGUUUUUAUUUUUGUAUUUUUAAAACGAGGUGGAAUAUACCCUACACGGCAAAAACUACUGAUGUUAAUAAAAGUGCAACUAAUGCUCUUUAGAAACAGCAUUAAUAGUUUUGGUCUGUUGUCAUCUGAUCUGCUGAGUUUUCCAUUCACAUUCUUGUAGUCUUUGUUUUUUGCUGAAAAGGUCACGGUGACUCCCUAUUUGUCAACACUGGACAACACUAGAUUGAUCCUGAAUGUUAAGUACAUUGAUCACACAUUAUUUAUUCAAUUUUAAUGGUAGGCAAGACAUUUAGUUCUGUGAAAUUCUUAUGUUUAAAGGUAAGAUAUAUUUUCUUAUUAAUUAAACAGACCCACUGCUGCCUGCAAUGCUAAUGACGGCUACAUUGACCUAUAGACCUUGUUUUGUUAAGACACAUUUAUAAGUUUGUUGUACAGUUUCUGAGUUUGCCAUGAAAGAUUUGUGUAGAUUCACCAUCUCCAAACCAUAGGUCUUUGAGUUUUAAAUUCUUGUAUAUUUAAUGAGUGUUUUUUCAUACAUAUGGUUUUAUUAAUAAGCUGCAAGCUAAGAGUAAGUCUCUACAAAAGAAAUGGAAAUAAGUCACAAAUAUAUGCACGACCAGAACGUCCUUGUAAUUAAAAAUUACAUGAUUAUGAAAAUUAUUAAGUAUAAUUGUGACUUUUUGGUUGAAGUGUAAUUUGACAUCCAAUAGGUGAUGGUUAGUAAAUCGGUGUGCUCUAGUGGUGUCAUUAAUAAAUAAAAAAAAUUGAAGUGUAAGUAAGUAUUGUUAGUGAAAGUGUACCAGUAUGUAAUGUACUGGUACACAAAUAAAUGGACCCAAAAUAUUUAUUUUAUACAAAUGUAGUUUAAAAAAACAAGAGAGAGAGAGAGUUGUUUCUCUUUGAAUAACUUUUUUUUCUAAGCUUUUGACACUUGAGCUAUUUCUUGUGUGGAGUUAUUGCUUAAACAGUUCAAAAUUGUUGAUUCGUUUUCCAUUACAUACUCUGAUUAACCUCUUGUCACAGAAGGUCGAAAGCUACCUUGCUAUAGGUCAAGGGCAUAUUGCCAUGUUGAGUUGUUUUAAUUAAUAAUACAUGUUCCUAGAGCAUUCUGAGAAAUGUUAAAACAUCACCAUUGUAGUGCUAAGGUGGGCUGGAGAGGAACAUAUAGCCCACCCAUACCCCAGGGCUCUAAUGGCCAUAUUAAUUAAAUUAGAUACAUUUUGUUAAAGACUGAAUCAAGUACACCUGUAUUACAAUUAAGUUAAUUUGGUAUUGUAAAUAAAUAAACACAGCAUGCCCUUAUAUACUUUAUUAAAUAUUUUUCAUCUAUUCUAAAUUUUGUACAUAAUAUGCAAGUAUAUAUUAAUAUGUGCAUAAAUUUACAGUUUCGCCGAAGUUGUGGUCUUUUUAUUUUGUACUGUAGUGAAUGGUUCUGACAAAUUUAAUUGUAGUGCUAUUCAUUUCUUCGUGAUGGUGUUCUGUUGUCUUUAAAACAGGUUAUUCAGCUGUAAGGUGUCACAGUAAUGUUAUUGGCUAUCAUCGGGAUAUUACUACUAAUUCUCAUAGUUUUGUCUUAAUCACUCUUGGCUAGUUACAGUUAUGUUUUGAAUCUCCUGUCUCUUUUACAGUAAAUGAGAUCUGAUCUUUGAUUUAUACUGAACAGCAAAAACCUCAAUUCAAAUAUUGAUUUAGUUUCCUUUAAUUUUAUUUAAGAUUAUUUAAUUUUAAUCACAUUAGUGUUUGUGUCCGUUAAAAUUAUCAAAUUGAAUAACCGUUUAUGGCCAUUUUGACAUUCUGGUUACUAAAUUAAUUUCUUUUGUUGUUCGCUAUAUUUCUUAUUAUGCAUAUAGGCUACAUGUAUAGAAUAUAUAUAUAUAAAUAAUUACAAAAUUUCUGCGUUAUACAAUUUCCUCAAUUCUGAUUGGACAACAUGGAAGAAAAACUGAAUGUUAUCCUUUGAUAAACCUCGAAAAAUGAUGUCAUUAUGCCAGCUGUGGUGUUAUUAUGUAAAACAGGCCAUGGAAAGGAUGCUAGAAGCUGAUUUAUGUGUAUUUUAACUCACUAUGGUGUGUCCAGGUGCUUGUGCAUACAUUUUAGAAGAGAGUGGGGGCUAAACUGUGGCUAGUGAAAUUUAUGAGGGGUUAAGACAUGCUUCUCUGGAAAAGUAUUGAAAAAAAGAACAUUUGCUUGAUCAAAGGAAGGGUUCGACUGCCUUAACAUGCCCUUUGUAAUUUUAUAAAAUCUGUUUGUCUUUUUAUUUGUUUUAAUGAAUUUAUCGAUGUACAGCUGUCACAAACUGCAUAAAAUUGCUUAGCGUAGUGAAGGAUUUUAAACUAAACACCUCAGAAAAUGAUGUCAUUACGUCAAAUGGGAUGUCAUUACAUAAUGCAGAUCAUGGAAAGAAAGAAUGUUAGUAAUUGAUUUAUGAAUUAUGUGUAGUUUCAACUAAAUAUGUUGUGCUGUUUGUAACUAUGAGAAUUUAUCAGUGUGUAACAGUCACAAAUUUAGUAUAAAAUCGCGUAGCGUAGCAGUAAUACAGUGUAUUUUAUGUUUCUAUCCAUUUUGCAUAACUUCUGACUAAAAAUAUGCUGAGUUGUAUUAAAUAAAAAUAUUCCUUUUCCUCACUUCUAUGUAAUGAUAAUUUUAAAAACACCAUUUUUGCAUGCUAAAUUUGGCAACAUAAUAUAUUAUCUGUAGCAAACAAAGCAAAACUAUUAUGAAGCAUAUAGGGUUAUAUUUUUUUAAAUUUCUAAAUCCAUGAUAUACAUGUAAUGUUAUUUUUAUUUUUUUUGCAUAACAAACAUCUGACAUCUGGAACACUGUCUAAAUAGUCGCUGAGGUUUAUCAUUAAAUAUUCCACAUGUACAGUAUAGUUGCAGGCCGGCCAUGAAAAUGAUGAUUUAAAGGCAUAUUGGGGUGUUGUUUAUGUUCACAACUGACGCACAUAUAUGAGACAAUACUCCGGUAGCUUGUUGAACUGGAAUGACGUCAGUAUUACAAUAACGUCACUUUGCUUCUCCUUACAAUAACAAUAAACUGGGUGCAUGAUUUCCAUCUUCAAAAUGCCUGGGAAAUUUCUAUACAAAAUUGCUAUUGAAAAUAUUUUGUUUGAAAAUUACUAAAUCUUAUAAUUAAUUUUUUUUUUUUUUUUUUUUUACAGAAUAUUGAUUUGAAAUGAGAUUAUGGAAAUAUAUUAUAUUAUAAUUAUUAUUUAUUGUGUACGAAGUCAAAACAAGGGUGUAAAAAGUGACUUCUAUUCUAAACUUGCUAACUGGAGACAUGGUCAACAAAUCGUAGAUAUGGGUCCUAAUUUCUAGUGUAACAGAUGGCUACUUGAGUAUUAUGUAAUAUUGGUCCAAAUCAAAUAAAUACACAAUUACAUACAGAGAUGAAUGCAUGAUUUUUUCUAGGGAGGGGUGUAAUAAUUUUAAAAUGGCACCUACAGUAUUCAAAAGUAUACUAAUGUAUUCUUCCACAAAAAUAUCAAGCUGAGUAAGAUAGUGGAUGUUCCCCCACUAAAUUCCAACAAAUGCAUUGUAUUCAUAUGCUAUACAUGAAUUUUUUGAAAGGGGGUGAACACCGCCAACAUUGCCCCCUUGGUUUUGCACAUUGACAUACAUGUGUGUUAUAAGAUGCUUUCUGGUCUAUUUGUAGAGUUAUAUAUAUUUUAUUAUUGUUGGAAAUGUUCAUAGUUAAGACAAGACAUUGUUAUUGCAUUUUGCAUUACACAUUAAAAAAAAGAAAAAAGUAAGGGAUAGGGAUAUAUGUUUUGUGAUAUUUUUUUUAAUAAGCUGGUGACCUAUUUUUUUGUUGUAAUUUUUAGUAAGUAGAUAUACUAGUAGUCUUUAUACAAGAUUUGUGGGAAUUUUUGAGUGGUGAAAAAAAUUAUACAAGCUAAUAAAACGUGAAAUUGUAGUUUAAAUAUACUGAAAUAACUGGCUUAACUUUUUUGUCAAGAACAUACAAACAUUAAUGGAUAUAGGUUGUACCAAAAUAAUUUCUAUAAUGCACACAAAAACAUUAAAUUUGACAUGCAUUUCAAUUUAAAAACUCUUUAUUAGAUAAAGAUUAUGGCAAAUUUCAAUUUUAAGGUAUUUGUUCACAAAAUAGAAAAUGACACAAUGGUCGAGAUGUGUAAAAAAAAACAAUCUAGCCCUGUAACACCCCUUUCUUCUGAAGAUAAGUGUUUUGAUAUACUUGUAGAAUAAAUAGGUGAAAAAUUAGCACAUUUUGAGUAGUAGAAAUAUUUGCAGCAUAUGCUUUUAACAUCUGGAACACUGUCUAAACAAUCACUGAGGUUUAUCAUUAACUAUUCCACAUGUACGUUAUAGUUGGUGACCGGCCAUGAAAAUGAUGAUUUAACCAAUAGUUAUUGUUGAGCAUUUGAUUAAUUAUUCAUGUGCACAGUAUAGCCAUUGGUCAUUAGAAGGUCUUGUUCUUUAUCUUUUGUGUAAAGCAUAGCCAUUGGUUGGUUGGUAAUUUAUGUUUAUUUUUGACAUUGACAUAAUGUUUUUAACAUGCUCCUAUACUACUAAGGUUUCGACCACCCAGGGUUCGGCCUCUGGAGGCCAGGGACCCAGUCUGGGGCAUUUAUUUUUGAAGCUAAUUAAUUGAUCCUAAACGUAAUGUUUGCACAAUUUACCAUCAAAUAUAAACAAAUUUUAUCUGGUUUCACUUAGCAUAAACAGUGGUUUCCCUAAGAAUCUCUGGUAAAAAAUAUACUGAACAAAGGAAAUGCAAAUAUUUUAAUAUAUGUUGGGCUUGUGUUGU